GGUCGCCGCCGCCCCGGAUCGCGCCAGGAUCCGGGGCAGAAGUCUCCCGCAGGGCGUCGGCAGCCGGCGGUGUAGACGCAGCGUGGACUCGCCAUGAAGUCGCGCAGGGAUAAGCUGCACAUCCCGGCCCUGACCCUCGAUCUGUCCCCGAGCAGCCAGAGCCCCGCGCUGCUCAGCCCCAGCAGCCCCUGCAGUCCCUGCAGCCCCUCGCUGGGCCUGCACCUCUGGAGCUGCCGCAGCGGAAACCGCAAAAGCUUGGUGGUUGGGACGCCGUCUCCAACUCUCUCCCGGCCAUUGUCACCGCUGUCCAUCCCCACCGCAGGCAGCAGCCCUUUGGACAGCCCACGGAACUUCUCGGCCGCAUCCGCUAUCAACUUCCCCUUUGCCCGAAGCCAGGUCUCACGAAGUGACAGGGCUGACGGCAGAAGAUGGUCCCUCGCAUCCCUCCCGUCUUCCGGCUAUGGAACCAAUACACCCAGCUCCACUGUCUCGUCAAGCUCAUCCUCCCGGGAGCGUCUCCAUCAGCUUCCCUUCCAGCCGACGCCGGAUGAGCUGCGCUUCCUGUCCAAGCAUUUCCGCAGCUCCGAGAGCGUGGUGGAUGAGGAGGGUGGCCGCUCACCCCGCCUGCGCCCCCGCUCCCGCAGCCUCAGCCCGGGCCGCGCCACCGGCAGCUUUGAUAAUGAGAUCGUGAUGAUGAACCAUGUGUACCGGGAGCGGUUCCCCAAGGCCACAGCUCAGAUGGAGGGCAGGCUGCAGGAAUUCCUGGCCGCCUACGCUCCCGGCGCCCGGCUGGCGCUGGCCGACGGCGUCCUGGGCUUCAUCCAUCACCAGAUUGUGGAGCUGGCCCGGGACUGCCUGGCCAAGUCCGGUGAGGCGCUGGUCACCUCGCGCUACUUCCUGGAGAUGCAGGAGAAGCUGGAGCGGCUGCUGCAGGAUGCUCAUGACAGAUCCGAUAGCGAGGAGGUUGGCUUCAUCGUCCAGCUUGUCCGGAAGCUGCUGAUCAUCAUCUCCAGGCCAGCCCGGCUCCUCGAGUGCCUGGAGUUCGACCCCGAGGAGUUCUAUCACCUGCUGGAGGCUGCAGAGGGCCAGGCGCGCGAGGGCCAGGGCAUCAAGACUGACCUGCCGCAGUACAUCAUUGGGCAGCUGGGCCUUGCCAAGGACCCUCUGGAGGAGAUCGGGCCUCUGAGUGACAUCGACGGAGGACAGCGCCCUGCUCCUGAAUCACCAGAGAACCGUGCCCUGGGUGGCCCAUCACGGAGAAAGCCCUGUGAGAGUGACUUUGAGACCAUCAAGCUCAUCAGCAACGGGGCCUACGGGGCCGUGUACCUGGUGCGGCACCGCCACACGCGGCAGCGCUUCGCCAUCAAAAAGAUCAACAAGCAGAACCUGAUGCUGCGGAACCAGAUCCAGCAGGUGUUCGUGGAGCGUGACAUCCUCACGUUCGCCGAGAACCCUUUCGUGGUCAGCAUGUUCUGCUCCUUCGAGACGCGGCGCCAUCUCUGCAUGGUUAUGGAGUAUGUGGAAGGCGGCGACUGUGCCACGCUGCUGAAGAACAUGGGCCCGCUGCCUGUGGACAUGGCGCGCAUGUACUUCGCCGAGACAGUGCUAGCUCUCGAGUACUUGCACAACUACGGCAUCGUGCACCGCGACCUCAAGCCCGACAACCUGCUCAUCACCUCGCUGGGCCACAUCAAGCUGACCGACUUUGGGCUGUCCAAGAUCGGGCUCAUGAGCAUGGCCACAAACCUCUAUGAAGGUCACAUUGAGAAGGACGCGCGCGAGUUUGUGGACAAACAGGUGUGUGGGACCCCUGAGUACAUCGCCCCCGAAGUGAUCUUCUGCCAGGGCUACGGAAAGCCUGUGGACUGGUGGGCCAUGGGAAUCAUCCUCUACGAGUUCCUGGUGGGCUGUGUGCCAUUCUUCGGGGACACACCAGAGGAGCUGUUUGGGCAGGUGGUCAGUGAUGAGAUCAUGUGGCCGGAAGGGGAGGAGGCGCUUCCAGCUGACGCCCAAGACCUCAUCACCAGGCUGCUGCGUCAGAGCCCGAUGGACCGUCUGGGCACUGGGGGUACCCACGAAGUCAAGCAGCACCCCUUCUUCCUGGGCCUGGACUGGGCGGGGCUGCUGCGACACAAGGCCGAGUUCGUGCCACAGCUGGAGGCCGAGGAUGACACCAGCUACUUCGACACACGCUCAGAACGCUACCGCCACCUGGGCUCCGAGGACGAGGAGACCAACGAUGAGGAGUCCUCCACCGAGAUCCCGCAGUUCUCCUCCUGUUCCCAUCGUUUCAGCAAGGUCUAUAGCAGCUCUGAGUUCCUGGCUGUGCAGCCCACGCCCACCUUUGCUGAAAGGAGCUGCAGCGUGGACCGGGAAGAGGGCUGGGACCGGGGCAGCGACGGGGACGGCGGGCCCCGGCUGAGCACUGAGGUCCGGCUGAGGUCCUGGACGUCCUCUGGGUCCUCCUGUUACUCAUCGUCAUCUCAACUUGAUCGGGGCCCCAGCCCAUCACUCCUGAGCAACAUCAGUCUAGACACAAUGCCCAAGUUUGCCUUCUCGUCAGAGGAUGAGGCAGCAGGCCUAGCCCCCGUGGACCCCAAAAAGCCUGUCUUCAUCCUUGGGGAACCUGACCCCCCACCACCGACCACCCCAGUAACACCGAAACCCUCAAGUCUUUCUGCCGACCCGGUGGGCCUCAGCCAUGCUCGGCUCCGGAGCAACAGCACGGGUGCCCGGCACUCCACGCCCCGGGCCUUGGACACUGGCCGGGGCCGUCGACUCGGGGCCACAAGAGACCCUGCCAUCGACAAGCCUAAGGCUGCCCCCAGUGGGGGCAGCAGCAGCAGCAGCGGGGGCCGUGUGCCCAAGUCGGCAUCCGUGUCAGCCCUGUCCCUCAUCAUCACAACAGAUGAUGGCAGCGGUGGCCCCCUCAUGAGCCCAUUGUCCCCACGUUCACUGUCCUCAAACCCGUCCUCACGAGACUCCUCGCCAAGCCGGGACCCCUCCCCAGUGUGCAGCAGCCUGCGGCCCCCCGUGGUCAUCCACAGCUCAGGCAAGAAGUACGGCUUCAGCCUGCGUGCCAUCCGUGUCUACAUGGGCGACAGCAACGUCUACACCGUGCACCAUGUGGUUUGGAGCGUGGAGGAGGGGAGCCCCGCACAGGAGGCUGGGCUGCGCUCAGGGGACCUGGUCACGCACAUCAAUGGCGAGUCCGUGCUGGGCCUGGUGCAUCGCGACGUGGUGGAGCUGCUGCUGAAGAGCGGGAAUAAGAUCUCGCUGCGAACCACGGCACUGGAGAACACGUCCAUCAGGGUGGGCCCGGCCCGCAGGGACGCAGCUAACGGGCGCAUGGCGCGACGCAGCAAGCGCAGCCGGCGGCGGGAAACUCAGGACCGGCGGAAGUCAUUGUUCAAGAAGAUCUCCAAGCAGUCGUCUGUCCUGCACACCAGCCGCAGUUUCUCCUCCGGCCUCCACCACUCACUGUCCUCCAGCGAGAGCCUGCCAGGGUCCCCCACCCACAGCCUGUCGCCCAGCCCCACCACCCCUUGCCGCAGCCCAGCACCCGAUGGCAGAACCAACACAGAUACUGUGUCCCCGCCCAGCGGAUCCCCAAACUCCAGCAGUCCUGCGUCCCCUGCCACCGCCUGCCAUGCCCGCCCCAGCUCCCUGCACGGCCUGGCUGCCAAGCUGGGGCCGCCUCGGCACAAGGGCGGGCGCCGGAAGUCCACCAGCAGCAUCCCGCCCUCACCGCUGGCCUGCCUGACCGCGCCCACCCCUCCACCACGCUCACCCUCACCGCUGCCAGGCCACACGCCCACCCCUGCCCGGUCCCCGAUGCUGCGCCGCGGGCAGUCAGCGGACAAGCUGGGCAUGGGUGAGCGGCCGAGUGAGAGGCCUGACUCGGAGCUGGUGAUUAUGCGGCGGCUGCAUCUGUCCGAGCGCCGGGACUCCUUCAAGAAGCAAGAGGCCGUACAGGAGGUCAGCUUCGACGAGGAGGCACCUGGGGCAGCGCCCCCACCCGUGUCUGUGCCACAGAUCGCAGUGCAGGGUGCAGAGCCCGCACCCAUCAGCAAGGACUGAGCCCGGCCCAAGACCCCAGCUUUGAGCUGUUAGCGUGGGCCUGUGGCGUGUGAGGGAGACAGGCAUCGCCUCCCUCCAGCCUGCUCUGCGUGUAGCGGGGGCCUGGAGCAGCUGGCUGGAUGCAGGCAACCUUGUACAUAGCGAAUCCCGCCACUAAUUUAUUACUUUUUCUAAGCAAUACCGGGCUGAGUUGCCUGGCUGGUGGCCACUGGGUCCCCAGCCUCGCAGACCCCGCCCGGGCUGGGAAGCAAGCACUUUGGACUGGUCAUCUGUGUGCCUGUACGGUAGUCGCCCUGCCCCUCGUGUGCAAUCGGUACCUGACUUAAUGGCUGCCCCAAGACCGAGCUUAUGCAUCCGGGCCUAGUUUGACUAUGACCGAAAAGUCCACAAAUGAUGUCCCUGCCCCUCCAAAACCAUAAGAGACUGGUACCUGAAGACAGCGUCCCACUGUUCUGGCUGCUGGGGUUUUGAUGGAAGAGUAAGAGUUCACCGGUCUAGGGUGUUGUCAGUCUGAACUAAAAGGGCAUUGCUGAGUGGAGAGGCGGGUGUCCCACCCACCACGUGUCCAGGGAUGUUCCACCACCACCACCCCCAUGUGUCCAGGCUCCCCGGGAGGAGUGUGCAGUGAGGAAGCCCAGCUGCACAGGUAGGGAGGCCGGGGUAUGAAUUUCGGCUUCACUGUGUGGCGCUGAGAAAGUGGCUUUCUCACUCUGUGCCUCACUUUCCUUAUGUUUACAAAACUAAUCCCAGCCAUUAUGUAUUAAGCGCCCAAUGUGUGUGCCAAGUGCUUUGCUUGUGGCUCCUCCCUCAGCCAGCUGCUGGAGCUGGUGACCUUGCGACCUCUGGGACCCAAACAGCUGAGGCCCAGCCAGGGGCUGCUCUCUGCCCACCCUGGGCCCCCAAGAGGCUUGUGGGAGGGAGGCUCGGCCACGCCCGCGGUGGGCGUGGCCCCAUCCUCAUCCAAUGGGGUGUCAUGUGUAAAUACGUCCCUGAGGCUUCCUGUCCACCGCGACGAGCUACGGUAGGGAUGUCUAGGGAUGUCACAGCACUGUGUCCCUCCCAGCUCGCCGGCACCCCAGCCUGGGCUUGCAGGACAAAACAUGGCCAUGCAUGACAUGUCCCUCCUUCCAUCCUGGAGCUGGCAGUGAAUAAAAGUCCACAUUUACAGAGUC